CCAUUUCUUGCAACCUGGAUCUCAACGGAGGAUUGAGGGUGGCUUUUGGAUUUUUCUGUUUUGUAGGACCAGUGCCAUAGAGGCUUCCAAUGGAAAGGCUGAUAUUUUUGAUGAGUUUUUGUUUACUGUUAUCCAAUGCACAGCAAGCACCAUCAUUUCUUAUUACUGCUCCUAACGUCGUGCACUUGGGCACACCUGAGACAGUAACAGUUCAAGUUCAUGGAGUACAGAGCCCUGUCCAAGUUACAGCAUACUUUAAAGAUGAGGCAAAGAAUAAGCUCGUAUCAGCAAAGACCACCUUUAACCUUAACCAAGGGAACAACUACCAACAGAUCAAAAAAUUAUUGAUCAACCCAGAAAAUGUGAAUAUGGAUAUGUCCAUGAGGACAAGGCUGCCCUAUGUUCUGCUGGUCACUGAAAGCAGGCACCUUUUCGGGGAGGCCGUUCAAACCAUUCGCAUCCUCCUGUCUUCCAAGAAAGGCUACAUUUUUAUUCAGACAGAUAAACCUAUAUACACACCGAACUCCAAAGUAAAAUUCAGGGUGUUCAUUCUGGACAAUGCUAUGAGGCCAACAAGUGAAGCAAUUCAAGUUGCUGUGAUAAACUCAAGAGGAAUGGUGACUAAAAAGUCUGAAUGGAGAGUAAAAACAGUGCUUAACGAACAUUUUGUAAUACCUGAUAUUGCCGAACCUGGAACAUGGAAAAUCAUGGCCUGGUUUCAAGAUUAUGAAAUGUCAAAUGCUUCAGCUGAAUUUGAAGUUAAAAAAUAUGAGCUGCCUUCUUUUGAUGUCAAACUCAUCCCACUCCAGCCAUACUACCACAUUUGGAAUCAAAGCUUUGUCUUUGAUAUUGAGGCAAAACAUUCUUAUGGCAAAGGUAUUGACGGAAUUGCAUAUGUGCGAUUUGGCGUAGUGGAUGAAACUGAGAAAAAAGUCUUCCUUACAGGCCUGGAACAACAGCUCUCAAUCCAAAAAGGAAAAGGACGAGUGACUUUAAGUACACCCAUGCUGGAAGAGAAAUUAAAAAGUAAUAUUUCCACUCUAGAAGGUUUUCAUUUGUAUAUUGCUGUUACCACUGUAGAAACUGCAAGUGGCGAGAUCAGGGAGGAAGAACUCAGUAACGUGAAGUUUGUGAAAUCUCCUUAUGUUGUUGAUCUGUCCAACACCAAAAAAUAUUUUGUGCCUGGAGCCCCCUUCUCUGUUUUGGCAUCUGUCACUCUGACUGAUGGUUCUCCUGCUGCCUCUCUGCCUGUCACCGCUACUGUUACCUCAUCUGGAACCCCAAUGAAAAGUACUGCACUGUCAAAUAAAGAGGGUCUGGUCCACUUCACAUUCAGCAUCCCUGGAGAUGCACAGGUGCUCCAAAUAAAGGUAAAGGCUGAAGAGGGAAAAGAAAAGCUAGAAUCACCUGAAGCCAGGAUCAGGGCUGAAAGAUACAGGUCUGAUACUCGCAACUACCUCAGCAUCAGUGUCCCACAUGCAGUCUUGACACCUGGAGAUACUUUGCGUGUUACCUUGAAUGCUGUUCAUCAGUCUGGCAGUGGAAAGAUUGACUAUUUCUAUUAUAUGGUUGUAGUAAAGGGGCAAACUGAGCUUUUGGGAAGGAUUCCCUACUCAAACAAAAUGAUAAACCUUCAAAUCACGGAGAAGAUGGUGCCUGCCUUUCGCUUGGUAGCUUACUACUUCAUUGAGAAUGGUGGUCGUAGGGAGAUCGUUGCUGAUUCUGUAUGGGUAGACAUUGUGGAUGUCUGUGAGGGAAAGAUUAAAGUGAGAACAGAACAUGAGAGAUACGAACCAACAGAUAGCAUCAAUUUACUAGUUGAAACGGACCAUGAAGGAAUUGUUGCCUUGGCUGUGGUUGACAGAGCAGUUUUUAUUCUGAACAAGAAAAACAAGCUUACAUCCAGAAAAGUCUUUAAUGCUAUGAAUUCCUACGAUCUUGGGUGUUCUGCAGGUGGUGGGGCAGAUAAUGCUCAAGUUUUUACUGAUGUUGGUCUGGCCUAUUUAUCAGACACAAUUAAAUCUGAUCUGCGAGAAGGCUAUAGGUGCCCCCAGAACACCAGAAGGCAGAAGAGAUCACUGGAUUUCCAGAAGAUAACUUCAGCAAUUUCUAAGAAAUAUGAAGACCCUGAUCUACAAAAAUGUUGCCAGGAUGGAAUGAAAUUAAAUCCCAUGAAGUUUACUUGUGAUAAAAGGCUAACAAGGGUUACUGGUUCCGCUGAAUGCCAAAAGGCUUUCAAGUUCUGUUGUGAGAAGGCUACAGAACUCAGGAAAAUCUUGGCAACACGAAGAACUAGAGUUGGAUUGGCACGAAAUUUUGAUCUUUAUGAAGAUGAAAUAUUUGAUGAAAGCUCCAUCACCUUGCGUAGUUAUUUUCCAGAGAGCUGGUGGUGGAAUUUAAAAGAAUUAAAACAUCCUGGGAACCAUAGCAUAAAAAGUGUGGUUCCUGAUUCUAUAACUACCUGGGAAAUUCAGGCAAUAAGUAUAUCUCCUCAAAAAGGUUUUUGUAUAGCUGAUCCUCACACCUUUGAGGUUUUCAAAGACUUUUUUAUAUCCCUGAGAUUACCAUACUCAGUUAAAAGACAUGAACAGCUAGAAAUAAAAGCAGUUAUUUACAACUAUCUGCCUGAAGAUCUCCAGGUCACAGUGAAGAUGGCUGCACAGAAGGGGCUGUGCACUGCAGAGACAACAGACAGGUCUGUACAGCUGAAGCUGACGGCUGCAGGGAACUCGGCAACACCAGCCUAUUUCUCCGUUGUUCCUCUGACUGUAGGAGAAAUUCCAAUCACCAUUACUGCUUUUGACCCUAUUUCUGGGCACAGUGAUAGCAUUAGAAAGAUGCUCAAUGUUGUGGCUGAAGGUGUUUUACAGAGAGAAGAGCAGACCAUUUGCAUUAAUAGUGACUUCAAAUACCGUACUCUGGACCUGGGAAAACCAUCUAACAUGGUACCAGAUUCUGACAGUCACGUGUUUGUUAGCCUGAAAGGGGAUAUUAUGGGUGCAUCCACAGAGAAUUGUCUUACUGCUAAUGGAAUCGAUAAACUUAUCCAGUUGCCAAAGGGCUGUGCAGAGCAAACGAUGGUGAAAAUGGCCCCUGCAGUCUUUGCUAUUGAGUACUUGGAUGCAAGUGACCAAUGGGUGAACCUUAGUCCUGAACGGAAGGAUGAAGCCAUUAGGAUGAUUGAACAAGGCUAUACUAGGGUGCUUGAGUUUCAAAAAGAUGAUGGUUCCUAUGGAGCAUUUAAAUCAAUCCCCAGCAGUGUAUGGUUAACUGCAUUCAUUGUUAAAGUACUUGCAAGAAGCAGAGAAUACAUUAGUGUGCAAGACAGUCACAUACAUAAAUCAAUUACCUACUUGCUUAAUAAUCAGCAGGCAGAUAAUUCUUUCCAUGACCCUCACCCGGUACUUGACAGGAAUAUGCAGGGUGGCAUUAAGACAGAAGAAGAGGAUCUGGCUCUGACAGCCUUUGUAAUCAUUGCAUUGCAACAGUCUCUACCAGUUUAUAACGAGUCGUCUGCUGCGAUGGAUGUGAUUACAAAAUCCGUGGCUUACAUGAAAAACUAUCUUUCAAGAAACUUGAACUUCUAUUCUACAGCCAUCACUGCUUAUGCUCUGACACUUGUUCAGUCCCAUAGUGAUGAAGCCAAAUGGGCAACAGAAAAAUUAAGAGGGUGUUCUUCUUUUGAUGAAGAAAAGCAGCAGCGCUACUGGGGAAAUGGCAGAGAUACAGUCUCAGUGGAAGCCACUGCCUAUGCAUUGCUUCAAACCUUGCUCCUGAGGGAUAUGGACUAUGCAAGGCCUAUUGCUACAUGGCUGACGGAGAAAAGGAACUAUGGUGGAGGAUUCUGCUCUACACAGGACACAGUGGUAGCCCUGGAGGCUCUGUCAGCAUAUAGCAUACAGGCAUUGGAAACUUCUUCAGGCAGCCUGAGUGUUAGAGUAGAAACACCUGGAAGGCAAAAGAGUUAUCUGAUCGCUUUGACUGAUAGAGACGAAGAAAUUCAGAAGGCAUUAGAGUUUGAUCUUGGGAGCCAACUUCAUGUGUCUGUGGAAGGCAGAGGAAACGGGACUAUGAGUAUAUUAAAAGUGUACCAGUCUUCUGAGCUGAAGGAAAGCAAAUGUGAUGAUCUGAUUUUGACAGUAGAAAUGGAAGGAGUCGUCAAAUAUGCUGAUGCUGAAUAUGCCUAUGAAAACUAUGAUUAUGAGUCUGUUGCUAUAGAAGCCACUCAGCAUGAGCCACUACUUGAUAUCGAGUGGUUUGAUAUCCACAACAGAAGGAAAAGGGAUGUGAUCUCUUCCAAGAAAACAGAAUCCCUGCGCUACAAAGUCUGUGUCAGGUCUGCAAGUGCCAAUGUGCCAAAGAUGUCUCUUGUUGAUCUUUCUCUAUUAAGUGGCUUGGAACCUGACACAAAGGAACUUGAACAGUUGGUAACGUCUUCAGACAAAUAUAUUCAGCAUUUUGAGCACAAGGAAGGAAAGGUGUUGCUUUACUUUGGUGAGAUCACAACUGGACCAGAACCGGACUGCAUAUCAUUCGAAGCAAAGCAAAUCAAUCCCAUGGGGCUUGUUCAGCCAGCAAAUGCCAUCCUUUAUGAUUUUUACAAUCCUGAAAGAAAGUGCAGCAUAUUCUAUAGUGCACCCCAGCACAGUGCAAUGCUUUCGAAGAUGUGCCACGCGGAUGUUUGCCAGUGUGCAGAAGGUCCCUGUCCAAGACAAAGGUCAACUUUCAGUAAAGCUGUAACAAGUGCACGUGUGAACUUUGUGUGCUACAACCCUACUGCAGAUUAUGUGUAUGAAGUAGAGCUCCUUAACAGCACACAAAAAAAUGUUUUUGACUACUAUGAGGCCAAAAUCCAGAGAAUCCUUAAAAUCACUGCUGAUGAAAACAUCUAUGUGGGAGCUCAACGACAGUUCCUUAAGCGCUCCUCUUGCAAGUUAGACAUGGAAAUGGGCAAACGGUACCUCCUGAUGGGAAAGGAUGGACAUACAGUUGAUGACAAAAACAGGCUGCAGUACUUCCUUGAUUCACAAACCUGGGUGGAGCAAAUUCCAGAAAACAGCAUGUGCCAAGCAACCCUUCAGCGGCAGGCCUGCAUCCAUCUGCAGGACUUCUUAAACAGGCAUGACUUCCUGUGCCACUUCUGAAAAACUGUGCUGCUCCCCAAAUCCAAUACGUGUCUCUGCAAUUCAGAUUCUGCUUCUGCUUCUCUUACAAAGCCUGUAGAUGACACAGACACCUGAAACGUGACAGAGCUGCUUUCGUUGCUAUCUGUCCUUCUCUUAGACAGAAUAAAUUGUUGAAUGCAAUAUCUUCCUGUUAAUGUAUAUGUCCAUGAAUACCUUGUCAAAAUUUUCAGUUAUUGUACUAAUUAUUGUGUUUAUUGUCUCUACUACUGACUGAGAGCAAGUAGGAAUUCCUGUCUCCCUGUCUAUAACUCAACAAUGCAAUUAAAAGGGAUCAAGUGUAAAGAGUGUUUUUCAUCACGAUUUUGGUAGCUGCCCCUGUCAUUACCAUAGUAGAGGUGAAGAAAUUUGCAUGGAUCAGGAAGAAUACUGGUCAUUUGUGGGCUUAUCACAUUCACUUAUGUGAAAAUACUCCUGAAAGAAAAGUGACACUAACUUCAUGCUUCAGCAUGUCAAUUGUCUUCUAAUUUUAAUAGUGGAACAAAUGACCUCACUUGUAGCAGUAAUUCCCAUGUGCACUUAUGAAGCAGCUGAAACUGGAAGUGGCUCAGCAUCAUGGACAGAGAACUGGACAGAAUGUGUAUUGUGACCCAGGAGCCCUGCACAGGCUAGUUAGUGCUAGUACCGCACUGAGGGCACAAAAUACUUCUUAAUUACACUCUGUAGUCUGAUCUUUCA